AUGAGUCCAGAGUGUCCUUUGUUUAGGAGCGUGGGUCCUUCAGCCACCAGCCGGUGCGACCCAGCCAUGGCUGACGAACCCAUGGAAGAUCUGGGCUUCCAGGAGUCUGCUCCACGCAGUGGAAUUCUCAGCCCCGGAAUCCGGGAUAGUCUCCACCUGGGAGGCUUGGAUUCCAGGGUGAUCACAUCUGGGAACCCAGGAAGAGAUGCGUCAGGGAGGCUGACUCUAGGAGUCUCAAUAUGGGGAGCCCAUCACUGUCUCCAGAACUGGGGCACCCUGGGGACUCCCUGCCUGGCUCUCUGUGGCCACAGUGGGGUUGGGGUGUUCCUGGGGCAUGCUGGGGUCUUACCCAGGUCUGUCUGCUUUGCAGCUCACAUUGUACAGGCAGCUGGGGAAGCCGGGGACGGCCGCCUGCACUGGGAACCCCGCUGCCAGCCAGCCUUGCCAGAUAGAGCAGCCAGCACUGCAAUCUUGCCCCCACGCCUCAGUGGGCUCUGGAUCUCCACGGGCUGCGAGGUGCGCCCGGGACCAGAGUUCCUGACCCGCGCCUACACCUUCUACCCCAGCCGGCUCUUCCGAGCCCACCAGUUCUACUACGAGGACCCCUUCUGCCGGGAGCCUGCCCACUCGCUGCUCGUCAAGGGCAAAGUCCGCCUGCGCCGGGCCUCCUGGGUCACCCGGGGCGCCACCGAGGCCGACUACCACCUGCACAAGGUGGGCAUCGUCUUCCACAGCCGCCGGGCCCUGCUCGACGUCACCGGGCGUCUCAACCAGACCCGCGCCGGCCGGGACUGCAUGCGGCGGCUGCCCCCGGCCCGGGCCUGGCGGCUGGGGGCGCUGUACGAGCUGCGGAGCGCCCGGGCCCCGGGGGACUGCCUGGAGGCGCUGGGCCUCACCAUGCACGAGCUCAGCCUGGUCCGCGUGCAGCGCCGCCUGCAGCCGCAGCCCGGGGCGGCACCCCGGCUGGUGGAGGAGCUGUACCUGGGGGACAUCCACACCGACCCGGCCCAGAGGCGGCACUACCGGCCCACCGGCUACCAGCACCCGCUGCAGAGCGCACUGCACCAUGCGCAGCCGUGCCCGGCCUGUGGCCUCAUUGCCCACUCCGAUGUGCACCACCCGCCGGUGCUGCCGCCCCUGCUGGCCCUGCCCCUUCGCCUGGGCGGCCGGUGGGUCAGCUCGGGGUGCGAGGCGCACCCAGCGGUCCUGUUCCUCACCCGGGUCUUCGCUUUCCAUGGGCGCAGCCGCUCCUGGGAAGGGUAUUACCACCACUUCUCAGACCCCGCCUGCCGGCAGCCCACCUUCACCAUGUAUGCUGCUGGCCGCUACACCAGGGGCACGCCAUCCACCAGGGUCCGCGGUGGCACCGAGCUGGUGUUUGAGGUCACACGGGCCCAUGUGACCCCUAUGGACCAGGUCACCACAGCCAUGCUCAACUUCUCAGAGCCAAGCAGCUGCGGGGGCCCGGGGGUCUGGUCUGUGGGCUCUGAGCGCGAUGUCACAGCCACCAACGGGUGCCUGCCACUGGGCAUCCGGCUCCCACACGUGGAGUAUGAGCUCUUCAAGAUGGAGCAAGACCCCCUCGGGCGAAGCCUGCUCUUCAUUGGACAAAGGCCCACCGAUGGGUCAAGUCCCGAUACCCCAGAGAAACGCCCCACCUCCUACCAAGCACCCCUGGUGCUCUGCGGUGGGGAGACCCCCAGCUCCUACAGGCCCCCGCAGCACAGCCCAUUGCUGCAAAAGCACUCCAGCACAGGGGGCCUUCGCGUAGCCCCCCUCCCGCUUCUGCCUCUAGUUCUAGGGCUGGCCUUCCUCCACUGGCUAUGACAGUGGACUUGACAUCAGGAUGGUGGCUCUGGAUGCCCAUCUGACCAUUCAGGCUCCCUCCUGGCAGCUGUAGGGAAGGACCCAUUCUCCUCUGCUCUGUCAUGGAUGAUGCACAGCCCCCCUGCUUCCACACUGUGCCUGUGCCCCACGUGGUUCAGGCCAUGAGCUCCACACCUGCAAAGGCUAUGCCACAUCCCGCAACCCGGGUCCCCAGCCUCGUGCUUGGACGCAGCAGCGAUGUUCAUUGCUACGUGUGUUUCUAAAGAUCACUCCCAAUUUUCUACUCUCCUCAUCCUUGGCAGCUUCCAACAGGUGCAGGCAGGGGACAUCCCACGCUCCCCACAGGUCUUCCCGUCCUAACCUGACCCUUGGGAUUCUAAGAUGGGAGCAAACGGAGACCCUUAGGUUCUGCCUGGCGAUGGGGCCAACUGCGCUGCCAAGUCUGUAGGCUGUUGUUGAAAUAUUAUUAAUUCCAAUUUAGCAAUACAAUCUCUAAGUGGUGCCAUGAAUUAAAGAUGCCACUUUGGGCUUUCAGUACUUCUCAGCUUUCUAGUGAAGGGCUUGUGUCUUUGGGGGCAGCUCAGCUUUCCUGAGUCCUCAUUGCUGGCAUUUGCCUACAUCUGCCUGUGCUUCUGCGAGUUAGACCUCAAGCUGCCAGCACUGCGUGUGGAUAAAUCCAGCUCUCCCGGGCCAGCAUGAGAGUGAAGAGGACUCCCAUCUGAGCUGGGAAGUGUGGUCUCCCCAGAGCAGCCUGCGGCUUCUGAGCCUCCCUGGCCCACAAGAACACCAGCGUGCACCAGGCUGGCUGCUGGGGGCAGGUCUUCUGCAUUUCGCCCUGCCCAGCUGUCCUCGGUUGCCAAGACUCCCUGUGCUUGCCUGACAAAGGAAGAGAACCUCGAGAUGUGUAUCUUUAGGCCCAUCCUAGAGGAGAGGUCGGGGUCGUCAGGCCACAUGGCAACAUCUGGGCAGCUCCACCUUGCCCAGCCUCCUUGCCAUGGUCCUAAUAUAUUGGUGUCCUGCACAGAGGGGACUGUCAUCAUAGUGGGGACAGACUGUGCCCCUCCAGGGACUCUGCCUCAUCUGUACACUGUGAAAUUAACUGGCAUCUGGGUGGGCCCAAGGGUUUUCAGGAUGGGGGGCUGAUGACUCACCCCUCCUUCCUCCUCCUGAUCCCUACCUCUAGCUGUAAUCACAGAUUUUGAACAAUUGUCUGUGAGGUUAAUGAUGCUUUCAGAGGGAAGCCCUUGUCUUCCCUGAGACUGUAUGGGGUUCAAUCAGUCUGCUGAAAAUGCUCCCACUUAUUACCCAUUCUUCUUUAAAAAAAAAAAAAAAAAAAAAAAAAGCCUACCAAGUUAAUAUUCUCUGUAGGUCUCAGCCAGCUACGUGUCUUCCUGGCAUAUUUACCAAGGUAUAAGAAAUAAUUACAUUAUUUACGGUCCUAGACUACAUCAGGGUGGGGGAGCUUCUGGGGGAGACGGCAGUGGGUGUAGAUGAUGUGUCCACGGCUGAGCAGGUCUUGUAUCCGAGGCUUGAAGCAACCAUGCCACCAUUUAUCAUCAAAUUUGAAUCUUUUAAUAAAAUUAAACAGCCUGAAAAA